AAGUAUAUAUGAAAACCAAACCUGAAAAUUCGCAAUCUUUGAAUAAAAAAAAAGCAAUUAAAUAGAACCACAUUUGCAAAUGAAAUGUAUGCCAUUGUUUUGGAACUUACCCUCGAUUGGAGAUUUGGCAAAUAGUGCCAAUUAUGUGUCUCGCGGGUGCAAACAAACUCCUUUCUGAGCGUGUCUUGUGCAAACAGUGAAAACAAAUAUAGCAAACUUAUAGAUCCCGAGAUCAGAGGCAGAAGGAACAGGGAGGUAUUUGCCCUGGGCAAAUAACUCAAAUGUUGAUGCUGCGUGGGUGAGAAGGUUUGCCGGUUGGGUGGUGCUAUAAAAGCCUAGGGGAAGCUCUUUCGAAAGCACAGUUCCCAGUUCCAAGUAUCUGAUCCACAACAAGAUGCGAUUCCACUGCGUGCUGAUCCUUUCCUGCUUCCUGGCGGUGGCCAAUAGCGCCUCGACCCCAGCAGAUCCAACAACAAGCACUCCGACCGCUUCCGAUCCGACAACAAGCACUCCGACGACGUCCACCUCCCCCACCACGUCCGAUCCGACCACCUCGACCUCAUCCAAUUCCACGACUGCCACCACAGCCACCACUGUGGCCCCCACGACCACAUCCACCACUACCACCACCACGGAGGCUUCGUCUUCCGACAAGAAGAAAGUAAAACACAUUAUCCGUGCGACUGAGGAAACCAUCAAGCCCGCGCAAACUAGCAUAUAG